AUGAGCAGUGAGAAGCCGCACGGCCAUCUCGCGAGCGAGGAUGUGCUCAACAAAAAGGUGUGUACGCUGUGUGACUUACCUCAGAUGGACCUGUGCCUAAGCAACACGAUUGUCAAGACGGGUAUCGGUUUCAGUGCGGGUGUGGUACUUUCCGUUUUGUUCCUUCGCCGGCGGUCGUGGCCAGUAUGGCUCGGUACCGGUUUUGGUCUGGGCGCCGGCUACACGGACUGUGAGCGUUCAUUCAACCCCGUGUCGGUGCCGGGUGUGCGUAUCCUGCCGCUCUCGCAGACGACGGCGCACCCGCAGCCGCCGUCGUCGCGCUUCACGCAGCUGCAGGACCGUGUGGGUGAUCUGUUUGGCGAGGCGAAGGAGCAGGCGCAGCACGCCGUGGACAACACGUCGGAUAUCCGCGCUGCUGCGCACGAGCGCUUCACGGAGCUGAGCAAGAGCGGUAAGGAGACGGUCGAGAAGCAUGUGUCGAACUUGCACGAGAAGACGCAGAACAUUGCGGACAAGAUUGUCGAGACCGGCAAGGGUCUGGUCGAGGAGAUCCCAACGCCUGCGGCUGCUGACAAGAAGGUGCGCGUGGUCUAA